AUGACCUUUCAACGAAUAUUACUGUUCCUUUUGCCCUGGGGCUGUUAUUCGAUUAUUGAGAAGAUUACAUUACCGACAACUCAUCCCCCGUUUCCACCAAGUACUACUCCCAAAGAGAAUCUAGAUGGAUACGUGGACAGAAUCGAAGCCAUUGAUGUGACAUCCAACCAGGUAGUGAUUACAACUAGCAAGGUCGGCCCGGCAGAAGAUGUUCAAGUCUCCAUUGAUGUGGUUGACCUCUCUACAGGGGAUAAACUACCUCCAAUUAAUCUGACUGGGAUUUUGCUGGUGAUUACUAGAGGUAAGAGUGUUUGUUUUUUUAUCUGGUCCCAGACAUGUGUACUCUAGUAGAUAACAUAUGAUUGCAGGAAGAUAUACGGUAAACUUCCUGAAGCCGAACACUUGGUAUGGGAUUGCCUUCCGUUCGAGACAACAACAUAACAAACCGAAUGGACCCAUCUACAUUGACUUUGAAGAACAUUUGGUGAGAACUCAUCGGGAAGACGGUUCUAAUCUCGACGCGGAUCCUAUUGUGACUGUCAAUACGAAGAGGAUUGGAUCUGAUGGGAAAUCGGUAGAGAAUCUCGUACUGUCCUUGAAAUGGGAACAGCAUCCAGAUGAAAGGUUAGACUAACGAUAUAUUAAAGUGUCCCAUUGUCUUGCUCAAUUUCGGGGGCGAGAUUUUACCCUACUAAAUAUAUUAUUUGUAGACAAGACCUGGAUAUGGUAGCAAACGUGAGCCUAGUUUGUGACAACCAGAUCAAGUUCAAACAAGUCUUUCUGAAUCGACGGGAAAUCGAAAAAUCAGUAGAAGUAAAAGUAAGAAACGAUGACUUUGGACAUGAAAGAUUACGUAAUCACAUUUAACAGACUUGAUUUACAGUUAGACAACAUCUUCGAAGUGUUAGAAACUAACAAUGGAAGCCGUCAAAUCAUGGCCUCAAUAACCCCAAAGCACUGCCACAAGUGAGUGUUUGUUCCUAAUAUUAGGUUGGACGGAAAGUUCGUACGAUUUUUUACUGCUGCUAUUUUUUCUUGCGCUGAUAGAAAAAGACAAACACAAAUAUAUGGUAUUGGUAGGGGACAGGCAUCCCUAUCUGGCACUACAACCCUCAGCCAUCUUAAGCAUGUACGAAGAGAGAACUUAAUUUAGACAUUUACCCAUCUUUGGUCUACAAGUAGAGAUCCUUUGGCUGGUUUGUUUAACAAGGCAUAAUAAGAAACUGCUUUAGCACUGCUAAAAAGCUUCCUUUUGAUGCUCUUAAUAUGCGUGAAGUAGUCGGGGAUUAAAUCAAAACACAGCCAGAAAACUUGGCUUUAGCAAGACCCACCAAGUUUGAAUAUGAUUUACAACAGUCGCUUGCCGAUGCAUUCCUAUGGGUCUAACUAUGAUAUGUCAAAGCUAAAGACACUGCCUUACACUUAGGUACCCGUCCUUAGCCAAUUGUUUUACUGCGUAACAUGACAGAACUCAAUGAUUUAUUUUUCAAAAACUCGCUUGUGAACUAUCGGAGCAAUUCGUAAAAUUCAAAAAACAGCUCAAAGCAGUUUUCUAAUCCUCCUUUUCUAGGGUGAAAAAUGGAGCCUCUGUAUCGUUCUACUACUUUAUGAAGCAAUGGGACUUUCCGUCCAAACUAAUAGUAAUCUUUAAGGAUCUGUUGGGUGGGAACCCUCUAUUCAGAAGUCGGAGGCUACAAUUUCCGAAGAGAAGUGAGUCGGAAAUGCGAACAUAUUGACACAAUAACAUCCAAAUCCAAACUGAGGGAUUACAAGAGUUACGAAUUCAAGAACAACAGUUUAAUUGUCCAUACAAGCUACCCCAAAGAACAGAAUGAUUCUGUAGAAAAAGAUUCGUACAUCCAAUUAACAGCUAUCCCCAUCCCCGAGAAUUACACUACUCGAGCCAACUCUUCCGAAGAUACUACAAGAUUUAAAGUCUUCAGGUAAUCGACAAAAACAAUAUUUAAAUUUGUUUAGCACCACUGACAACGACACUUUUACUCUGUCAAACCUGGAGCCCGAUCGCCUGUAUGCCAUCCAAUACACAUAUGUGAAACAAUCUCCAUUUGCAUAUGCAGAAUCCCGGAGAUUUAUAAUCGAAACAAGAUCAAAGAAUAUGUUUGGACAGACUGUGAAACCAGUGAAUGUAAUUGUACAUAACUUAAAACAUGAGCCCAAACACAUCAACAAGAGUCAAGAGAAAACAAAGAUGGAGAACAUGUCGAUAAGACCCGAGGCUUCCAUCAAAUUGGAUCCCCAUUUCCACAAUUAUAAGGUCAGUUUAAGGUUGGGUUUGAAUUAA